AGCAGUGGGCUACAGGCAAAGGUCGAAAACUCACAGAUAGUAGGAUUCCAAUCGAUAAGUAUGAAUCCACGAAUAGAAAUCGAUUACCGGCGUCUUGGACAACUUUUGAAAUGACAUUCAAUUAAUUUAUCUAAAUAAAUCUGGAAAUGUUACUUUUAGAAACGACACUACUGCUGUGUAUAUUAUUUAUUCUUGGACUGUAUACUUUAUUAAUAUUAGGUUUCUUUAAUGAUGUCGAUAUAAAAGUGAUUCCACCACCAUUUGGUAGGUUAGUUGUUGCCUAUAGAUACAAUGGGCCUGUUGCUGAGACUAGUAUCGCACAGUUGUUUCGAUACAUCCAAAAUACUGAUACACUGCCAUAUUUCAAGACUAUAAUUAUUCACUAUUAUGGAGGACGUAAAUUGACGGAUACUGAACAUACCAGGUCAUAUGCAGCAGGUGUAAUACUAAAUGAGGAUGGUCUUCUUCCUGAUAUCAAUUUGGUAUCCACACUCGCAGAUUUUGGAUACAGCAUAGCUACGUUCCCAAAGAUAACACAUGCACUUGUUGUCACAUUUCCGUAUAGAAAUUACCUGUCUCUGCAGCUGGGUCUGUCACGGCUGUACCGAAAAUUGUUACAGUACAUUGAGCAUCGUAAACUGUGCGCAUAUCCAGCCAUUGAGAUAUAUGACAAAAAACUGAAGAUCAUAACUGCCAUUAUACCACUCGCUAGACAAGAUGACUUUUAUGUUCCUGAAGCAGUACCAGAACCAGAAACACAUACCGGAUUUUGUACGACUGGUUCUGUGGGUGACUACUGAAGACAUGAAGACUUUGGUUUCAAUAGCCUGGUUGGCAGGUCUAUGUUUGGUGUAGCCUGUUAUGUUACAAUGCACAGGCCUAGUACCACAAGGUCAUAAGACACAUGACUUUGGUUCUCAUUAAAACUCGCAAGACUGCGUCAAUAAUGGACGCCUUUGUACACUGUGCAUUCUGUAGUGGAAAGGCCAUAUUUUCUUUCGCUUGAGCUCAGCGCUAUGUAAAGUUACGCGUCUGUAGUGAAGUGUGAAAAUGUGUUGGGUGCUAAAUAGCCCUGAAUCAUUACCCAAACAUGUGUUCUGGAGAAUUAAGAAAAUGUUAUCUCCAACAAUUGGAGUGAAGCAAGAUGUAAUUCCACAUCAGUCCCUUGUAUAAAGGUUGCCUUUGAUAUAAUAUUUCAGGUGAUAAAGCAUUCCAUCUUAAUGUGGUAAAAAACUGUAUAGUGUAUUGUCAUUAAUUAUGUGUAACAUAAUUUCAUGUACAUCUGAA